CUUCGUUUGCUUGUAAACUCUGGCGUUUGCGUUCGCGGCAACAAUAACCGUCGUACAAACCUCGUGAAAAAGCCAUGGGUGUUCACGGUCUAUGGGAGCUUCUAGCUCCGGUCGGCCGUCGUGUUUCCGUCGAGACCUUAGCCGGAAAGAAACUCGCAAUUGAUGCUAGUAUUUGGAUGGUACAGUUCAUGAAGGCGAUGCGAGAUGAUAGAGGUGAAAUGGUGAGAAAUGCACAUUUACUCGGAUUCUUUCGCCGUAUCUGCAAACUUCUGUUCCUUCGAACCAAGCCUGUUUUCGUCUUCGACGGUGGAACACCUGCUCUCAAGAGAAGAACCGUCAUUGCACGUCGCCGUCAACGUGAGAAUGCUCAGGCUAAGAUUCGUAAAACUGCUGAGAAAUUACUUCUCAAUCAUUUAAAGGCAAUGAGAUUGAAAGAACUGGCUAAUGAACUUGAGAACCAAAGGAAAAUGAAUGAUAAUAAAGGUAAGAAGAUCUUAACUAGUCAAGUAAACACUUCAGAUGAUAAUGAGGGGAGAAAACAUAAUAAGAAACAGGAGGCCCUUGAUGAAAUGUUGGCAGCUUCCCUUGCUGCGGAGGAAGAUGGGGGCUUUCCUACUAACCCAUCGACCUCUGGAGGAGAUUUUUCCGUUGAAGAAGAAGAAGAAGACGAAGAUGAAGAGAUGAUAGUUCCAACAAUAAAUGGAGAUGUUGAUCCUGCAAUAUUAGCUGCUUUACCUCCAUCAAUGCAACUUGAUCUCCUCGUCCAGAUGAGGGAAAGGUUGAUGGCAGAGAAUAGACAAAAGUAUCAGAAAGUCAAGCAGGCUCCUGCAAAAUUUUCAGAAUUACAAAUUCAAUCCUAUCUUAAAACUGUGGCAUUUCGACGUGAGAUUCAUGAAGUGCAAAAAUCAGCUUCUGGAAAGGUUCUAGGUGAUGGUGUCCAGACUUCCCGAAUAGCAUCUGAAGCAAAUAGAGAAUUCAUUUUCUCUUCUUCUUUCACCGGUGAUAAACAAGCUCUUGUAUCUGCUGGAAUUGAGAGAAGCAACAAUGAACUACCUCGUAUUCCAACAGAACCUCCAGUUUCAAAGUCUGUGUCCAGUGUGGCUUCUACAAGUAUGUCUGGUGCUACAAAUGGAGCAACGAUGAAUAAUUCUAGUACAGAAUUUAAUAAAGAUGUGGAGACAUAUGUUGAUGAGAGGGGGAGGACUCGAUUCAGUAGAGUGAGAGCCAUGGGAAUACGCAUGACAAGAGAUUUACAAAGAAAUCUUGACCUUAUGAAAGAGAUUGAGCAGGAUAGAAAUUGCACAGAUACGAUUGCAACCAGUAACAAACUGGGAAACAUUAUCGAUUUGGAUAACCCUGAGCUUAAUGAAACAUCAGAUAAUGCUAGUAACAGACCUCCUAGCUUUGGCGAGAAAAAUUAUCCUUUCAUUUUUAAGAAUGAAAAAUCGAUUGAGAUAUCAUUUGAGGAUGAUGGGGAAAGCAAGACUCUGAAUGAUGAUGAUGAUGAUCUGUUUGCUCAGCUUGUGGCAGGAGGAGAUCAUGCAGUCAAUAAAUCUACUGAAAUUAAUCCCGAAAAGAACUCUUAUGAUCCUGAUUCAGAUUUUGACUGGGAGGAAGGACCGGUUGCAGUAAAAAACGAUUUUUUAGGUCAUGAUCAACAAUCUUUUGAAAAGUGUGACACUGGUGAUGUAGAAUGGGAGGAGGGAAAUUCUGCUGUUCCAAAUUCUAUUUCUUUACACCCAUCUGCAUUAGGAGAAACCUCAAAAGGUACUUUGGAAGAAGAAGCUGAUAUCGAGGAAGCUAUAAGAAGAAGCCUUCAGGAGUUGAAAUGUCAGAAAUCUGCUGAUUCAGAAUUUUCUAAACUUGAAGAAGAUGGAGAAAUGGGUAACAAAGUUGUUUCCCUUGAAUCAAGUCCUGUAAGAGGUGAUAGGACCAAAUCAAAUAGUCCAUUAGAAGAUGUCCACACUCCAAAAAAAUCGCCCGAUUGUCUUUUGAUUGGAAUUGGUAGAAUUGAUAACCAGCAUGCCAUAAAUAAUCUGAAUGAUAAUGCUGCUGAUUUGUCUGUGAGGAGCUCCAAUGGCUGCGAUGAGGUCCAGAAUUUGAAUGUGCCAUUUUCACAUAAAGAACCGAAAGAAAUGAUGAAAGAGAAGAUAGUACCAUCGAAUGGAGAGAAGAUUGUAAUUUCUUCCACUCUUCAUGCCAUAAAUAAUCUGAAUGAUAAUGCUGAUGAUUUGUCUGUGAGGAGCUCCAAUGGCUGCGAUGAGGUCCAGCAUUUGAAUGUGUCAUUUUCACUUAAAGAACCGAAAGAAAUGAUGAAAGAGAAUACAGUACCGUCGAGUGGAGAGAAGAUAGUAAUUUCUUCCAAUAUUCAGGGUCAGAUGCAUGCCAAAGUAAAUAGUUCUAAUAUGCUAGGUCCUGAAAAUACUAAUCCAAUAUCUGGUGAUAUGUCUGAUUCUAUUCUGGAUGGUGCUUCAAAACUUGACUUUGAGGUUACUGCCCAUUCUUCUUUUAGCAAGACAGCAGAAAGGGAAGAGCCCCCAAUUCAAAACUCAAGUGAUCUUGACAGUUUGUGGGAACAGCCUAUUGAUACAGAUGCAAUGAAUUCAAUUGAAACUGCCGAAGCAUUGAAAGAAGAAAUACAAAAUUUAGAUCAAGAACGCGCAGAUCUCGGAAAUGAGCAAAGAAGACUCGAGCGUAAUGCAGAAUCAGUUAGCUCUGAAAUGUUCGCUGAAUGUCAGGAGCUGCUUCAAAUGUUUGGCUUACCAUACAUUAUUGCACCCAUGGAAGCUGAAGCUCAGUGUGCAUUUUUGGAACUUGCAAACCUUGUUGAUGGAGUUGUUACAGAUGACUCGGAUGCAUUCUUAUUCGGAGCAAGCCAUGUAUACAAGAAUAUAUUUGACGAACGCAAAUAUGUUGAAACAUACUUCAUGGAAGACAUUGAUAGCGAACUUGGUUUAAGCAGAGAGAAACUAAUCCGCAUAGCUCUUCUUCUUGGGAGUGACUAUACUGAAGGUGUAAGCGGCAUUGGAAUUGUUAAUGCCAUCGAAGUUAUAAAUGCAUUUCCUGAAGACGAUGGGUUCUCCAAGUUUCGUGAAUGGAUUGAAUCACCUGAUCCAGCCAUUCUGGGAAAGCUUGAUGUGAAAACAGGCUCUGUUACUCCAAGAAAGGGUUCAAACAGUGGGACCAAGAAUACCGAUGUGAAAACAGGAUCUGUUACUCCAAGAAAGGGUUCAAACAGUGGGACCAAGAAUACCGAUGACAUACAAAGCGUAAAGCAAAUAUUUAUGGACAAACAUAGAAAUGUGAGCAAGAACUGGCAUAUUCCCUCGACUUUUCCCAGUGAAGCUGUAAUAGCUGCGUAUGCUUAUCCACAAGUGGACAAGUCAACCGAGUCUUUCUCUUGGAGAAAGCCAGACCUCUCUAUUCUUCGCAAACUUUGUUCAGAAAAGUUUGGAUGGAAUUAUCAGAAGGCUGACGAGUUGUUACUACCUGUAUUCAAAGAGUACAACAAACACGAGACUCAACUGCGAAUGGAAGCAUUUUAUAGUUUUAACGAAAAAUUUGCAAAAAUUCGUAGUAAGAGAAUUAAAAACGCUGUCAAAGGAAUCGUCGGUAAGCCAGUUCAACAUUCUGAGAAAGGAAAGAAACGGAAGGCUAAACAAAGCGAAACUAUGGAAGAUGGAUCAACUGCCGAGCAGCAGCACUCCAAAGAAACUAUUCCUGCAGUUUCCUCUCUAGAAGAAGCAAGAAACUGUGAACCUAUGUCUAAAACAGAAGGUAAAAACAGACCCAAUAAGAGACAAAAUGUGGCUAAGAAGAGGAGGAAGAAGAAAGACUUGUCAUCAGAAAGCAAUCCAGAUGAUCGAUAUGAUAAUGAAUCGCAAAGUGGAGCAGUAGCAGCACCGUUCGAAUUAAGGAAGUCAACUCGAACACGAAAGGCUGUGAGUUAUAAUCCAGAUAUUAUGGAAAUUGAUGAUGAACUGAGUAAAGCAGAUGAAGUCUGUGAAGGAUCUAAAGCUAAAGAAGAUGAUGAUCAACUUGGCCAGAUGGCAGAACCCUCAGAUUACCUCAAAAUGGGAGGUGGGUUUUGCUCGGACAAAGAAGAAGAUGAAGUAAACAAGGUUCGUAAAGAAGACGCUGAUCUGUUUGAAGCGGAUUACCUCAAAAUGGGAGGUGGGUUUUGCUCAGACAAAGAAGAAGAUGAAGUAAACAAGGUUCCUAAAGAAGAUGAUGAUCUGUUUGAAGCAGAGCUAGGUCAAUCCUCGGAUUACCUCAAAAUGGGAGGUGGGUUUUGCUCGGACAAAGAAGAAGAUGAAGUAAACAAGGUUCCUAAAGAAGAUGAUCUGUUUGAAACAGAGCUAGGUCAAUCCUCAGAUUACCUCGGAAUGGGAGGCGGGUUUUGCUUGGACAAAGAAGAAGAUGAAGUCAGCAAGGUUCCUCCUGUUCAACCAGAAACUGAAUCAAUCUCAAAUCAGAUUGAAGAUGCUGCAUUGUCUGGUAAUAAGGAUUUGGAAGAAGAUUAUGACCAACAAGAAGUAAGACUCUCGCUAAGAGCCAUGCCCAAUUUGAGGAGAAAGCGAAGAAAAACUUGAACCUGACCUAAUAAAUUUAUGUAUUUCAUGUUAUGUAAGAUGACUAAAAGACUAAAUUAAAUUAAUGUAUAAGAAGAAGCAGUUUAAAUCAGCAAUGAAAGCAAAGUUCUUUAUAA